UUACUUGGAGUUGUUGCGUUGCUCUGGUAUCAGGGUAUUGCGGUGGAUUUCUGUUCCAGAGCUCCGGAACACUUGACAGGAGCCCGCGCCGUGAUCGGUAAUAUCAAGGUCCUAUAGUAUCGUUUAAAGGUAGACAACUCAUAUCGUGCCCAAGAUCGGUAUCCUUGUCAGGUAGUGCUUGCGGUAUCGUGUUUCAAGCGCUGUGGGGAUGGCCGAGCAAAUUGGGGAGAAUGAACAUCAAAAGAAGCCGCCAUUUAAGGAGGAGGGAAAUCCAGCAAACGUCAUCAACUUGGUCGUAAAGGAUCAGACAGGCAAUGAGGUCCAUUUCAAGGUCAAGAUGAAGACCAAGCUUGACAAGGUGUUCACUGCAUACUGUAACAAGAAGGGUCAGGACCCAAGUACGGUGCGGUUCCUCUAUGACGGAACGCGUGUCCACGGUCAUUCAACGCCUGAUGAGCUCGGGAUGGAGGACGGGGAUGUACUUGACUGUGUCAUCGAACAGCUCGGUGGAUGCUGCAGAGCAUAGCUGUUGGAGCGAAGGGUCUUAAUGUACUCGUGCCCAGGGGGCUGUCUUCUAGCGAUGGCCUUUGGCGCACGGAUCCAGCGGGCUGCAUGUCCUUGCACGAAUGAUGAACCUCGGUAUUCUGGGUCAGCAUACACUGAAGGAUGGAUGGCACGGUCUGGCGUUGUUCAGUGUUGUGUCGGUUGACAUUAUUAUAAUUAAGGGUACGGGUUAUUCUAUGGGACAUUGUGGUUUGUGCUUGACAUGCGCCGUUGUGGUUUGGCAGGUAUAAAUCGGCUGUUCUGUAGGUUAACAGAUUACAGUUUAACAGGGCACCCUUUACAAGCCAAAAUCUUGUAAACAGCCGGCCACAGUCGGGAAGAAUGUAGACAAAUAAAGUUUUGUGUACGUUGCUGUAUGAUAUGCCCAACGUCCAUGCAGCAACUCGUUUUUAAUGCAUAGCAACAGCUGCUUAUCGCUGCAAAGGUCUUGCAGGUCUCUUCUGUUUGGGGUGCUUGCUGUAGUAGAUGCUUGUGCCG